GCCCGUACAAGAUAGAGGACUCUCUUCGAAUUAUCCUAGCGGGCCGGUUUCCUCUUCCGGCUUAACUUUCCUCUCCUCUCUGUUCCUUCGAUUCAUCGUCUUUGGCCCCCUUAGCCCUCGGUGCUGGAUUCUUCGCUCCGCCUCCGACAAUCUAACCCUUUCGAUCGGUAUCGGUUGCUCGUAACGUUUCGUAUUUAAAAUGUUCGAUCGCUGAUCCCUCCGAUUUUGCACCGUUCGAUCCACGAAGAACAUUCGCGAUGUCAAAUUGUGCAGCCGACGCGAUGGUGACGCGAAGCAAAGGCUCGUUUGUGCAUUUCGAUUGAUCGUAACAUGUGACGGUCGGGGUAGAGAAUUUUGUGCGAAUAAUCGUUUCUACAAUGUGAAUCGAAUUGUUUCGAUCUUGAUCGAGAUUCGAACGGGAGUGUAACACGUUCAAAGACUGACAAUGGGGAAUGAAGAAAUGAAAACGGUAGAGCGUCGUGAUUAAAGAAAAAGAGAAUCGUUUUUUGAGACCGGGGAGGUGGGGGUGGAUUUCCUCCAUUUUGGUUCCAUUGGCGAGCGAUGGAACAACGCAGAAUACCAAGAAGAGGCCUUCCCUCGGUAGAAACUCGAACCGAACCAUCAGUAAACACGUCCACUCAUCAAUUCGAAGAAAUAGCGAGCACGCUGCUUAUCAACGGAAAUUCCGAGAUAACAGGAUGCAGAGAUCGGCCACAGAUUUGUGGAAAAGAGGCAGCAUGUCGUACGUUCUACGACAGUACAUCGAUGUGCGUCUGUCCACACGACCUGUCACCGCCGACGGCCGACUUGAAAUGCCCAAAUCGUCUAAUAGUUCCUCUAACACCACGACCUAUACCGAACAUAAUACCUCCAAAUGGUAACUCUACUAAUAGUUCGACUGCCCUUCCAGAAGCGGAACAGGUAGAGCGAUCGAGACAAAGGGUACCUGAAAUAAUAGGAAUUGCUAUAGCUUUCAUCGCGGUAUUAGUAAUUUUGCUGAGCAUAGUAUACUGCGUCAGGAAACGGAGUUACAACAUCAAAUCGCAAAGGAAUUCUCUGGAUGGUACACCGAUGAAUCUGAAGAAAGGUUUGCUGUUAGCGAAUAAGUACACGCCUAAUCCACAGUAUUUCAGUUGCGCUUCGCUAGAGGUGCCGAUUCUGCAGCGCGAAUCUCUCGUAUUUGUACAAGACAUCGGCGAGGGAUGCUUUGGAAAAGUGUAUAAAGGAGAAUUAUCUACCGGAGAUUCGAAGGAAAUCGUCGCGAUAAAGGUCCUGAAAGAUUCCGUCUCCCACGAAGCCGAAGAGAACUUCAUGCGAGAAGUCGAUAUUAUGUCCACGUUUGGGCAUAAAAAUAUUUUGUCGUUGAAAGGGGUAGUGCUUCGAGACGCCAACAACAGUCCUUGGAUGGUUUUCGAAUAUAUGCCUUACGGGGAUCUGGCCGAGGUUUUGCGAUCGAAUAACCGUCAAGUUAGAUCGUCGAAAUCUGGACUGCAACCUUUAACGCAGGAGUCUUUACAUUGGAUAACGAUACAAAUCGCAGCCGGCAUGGCUUACUUGUCCGGCCAAAGAUUCGUCCAUCGGGAUUUAGCCUGCAGAAAUUGUCUGGUUGGUUCCGGCCUAGUUGUAAAAAUUGCUGAUUUCGGCAUGUCGCGGGACGUGUACACUUGCGAUUAUUACAAAAUAGGAGGAUCUCGUCUCCUACCGAUCCGAUGGAUGUCACCGGAAAGCGUGAUGUACGGACGUUUUACGCUGGAAAGCGACGUCUGGAGCUUCGGAGUUGUCCUCUGGGAAAUUUAUUCCUUCGGCAAACAACCAUACUACGGGCACAACAACAAAGAAGUAGUAAAACUGAUAUUCCAAGGAAUAAUGCUAAUUCCGCCGGAAGAAUGUCCACCGUUUGCAUGCCAGCUGAUGCGAGAAUGCUGGAAAACGGACCCAAAGGAUAGAAUAAAAUUCGCAGAGAUAUUAGAGAGGCUUGAAAAAGCGCAAGGUAAAUCCAUCCAACAAGAAACGUUACCAAGACCGCCUCAAGGACCCGUCACCAUUCGAACCCUGGAUGCACUGGAUCCCGAUGGUUAUUUAUUGCCUGCACCGACAAUACCGCACGAAUACUUGCAAACACUACCAAUUUUACCCAAUUAACAACGCGUUGGUCGUAAGUCUAGCGACUAAUAAACGUUAUUUUGCUCCGUACGAAUGAAAGGACUGAAUCGUGAAGAGCAUCGAUCUCAUUGUCGGUAAAAUAUCGGUAUUCGGAAUUUGUUUAUACAGUGAAAGUUGAAUGUAUGCCCGAAAAUUGGGACCCCAAGCCUGGUGUAGUCCGGGUCACGAUAUAGCGAGGUUAUAAACUAAACUCUUUAGAGCCGGCACUAACUGCUGCUACAGCACUUAGGGUUGUACAUGACAUCUUGCUUGAGGAUGCCUUUCUAUGUCCAUAAUUGCACCAUCUUUUUUCAUUUUCUACCAGCAUAUAUUAUAAGCAGGUAAAUUAAGAUAUCGAAGGCUUGAGUAAGACCUUUACCUGCUACGAUACCUCUAAAAAUGGUGACACUUGAUAAAAACAUUUCUUCGUACAGCCCCGACUAUGGUUUAAGACCCUCAGCUGCUCGUAUUCCUGUCAAUUCACCUGUUCCAGGAGCUAACCUCGCUAUAUCGUGGCCCGGACUAUACUUAUAGAGUAGAUAGAUAGAUUCUAAUUAUAGAAACUCCCCUCAAUAGUGGAGACGAGCAAUGAUCAUUUACCUAUAUAGUAUCUUUUACGGAUACAUUCAUCACAGUUCCAGGCAAGUUCCAUCUGUUGACAUAAUGUAUAAACAAAAGAUGAUCUUGAAACAGUGUUAUUUCUCUUCGGGAUUAACGAGAACAAUAAUCUCAUCAUGUUUAAUUGCGUGUACGACACAUUGGUAAGCCGAACGGUUCGUCAACAAUUGAAAUUUCGUUCCGUUCGGCCAAAGUACCCUUUUUCGUCUCACAACCGUCCAAUUUUGGUGUUCUUUAACCUUUGGUGGUUCAAAUGAGCAAAACUCGACCUCCUCUCAGUAAGACACAUUUAAUGAGCACGAGGCUUCGUUACAGACAAAAAACACACAGUACAAUAGUAGUACGUCAGAAGAACUCUAGGUGGCGCAGAAACAAAUGGCGCUUUAUUUCUAACAUAACCCAUUCUAAUCUAUCAACUUCCUUUUGGGUUCUUAAUAACGAUUCGCGAUCUGCAACGCUUUGCCUCUAAAAAUAAUAUAACAAUUAAAUCGUAAAGCCAUAACCUUGAAACCGCAAGGACACAAAAAAGAAAAUUACUUUACGGAGGUAUAUAUGAUAAGAAAUAACAAAUUAUUUGCUUGUAAAAUGAUAAUAAAUAGCAUUCUUCGUUAAGUUUCAAGAAUCCGUGAAAUCUUUAAUAUUAAUUGUUCUCGUCCAUUUCAAAGAGUCUUCGACGCGAUCAAAUUUUAUAAAAUUGUGUAGUCGGUUUCCGAUCAGCCCGAAUAAACAUAAUCGUCGUUGCGACAAUGAUUUUUAUAAUCAAGACACUGAAAGGAAACACUAUCAGAAGGAUAUCAGGGGAAUCGUGAGAGUUAGAGCUAAUCGAACUCUCGUUGU